AUGAACAACCAAGAAACAUUCGCUGGUCUCGUUGUCGGAUGUUUACCUGUUCAUGGCUUUCGACUUUCAACUCUCGAAUGCUUUUACAGUUCAGGAUGCUUGGAGAAAUUAACUAAAUUUGUCAAUAGUUCAUUAGUUCUGUUGCCUUUGGAUCGAUCGAUUCCUAGUCGUUUCACACCAAUCUCAUCAACACCAAUUGGUGCUUUGAUUGAUGAGUUGUUCAUCGAAUCAUGGCAGAAUUCAUCUAAUUAUUCGAGUUAUUACUCGAUAUGCGCACCAUCGAAGUGUCAAUACCCAUAUGCCGAAAGAAAAAAUUUUGUAUACUUGUUGACUACGAUUCUUGGUUUAUGUGGUGGACUGACUGAAGGGUUGCCUAUCGUUAUUUGGAGCAGUCUGCAUGUGUAUUGGAAGAUUCGUGAGCGAAUCAAGAUACAUGAACGUAUUGUACCUAUAAAUGGUGACUGA